ACUGUUUGCGUUUGUACACGCUAACUCAACAUAACGGACCGAAGCAAGAAAAAGAAUAAGAAGAAAGCAUAAAACACAACCAUCGAUUUGUUUACGAAUGAAGAGAAACAGUUGAACAGAUUGUUUAUCGCUCUGUGACGACACUGUUCGUGUGCACUUUGUUUACAAAAAGAAAACCAACCCGAAGGACUGUUUGUGUGUGCUUGUGACAGCACUCUCAGAUGAUGAUUUUAAAACUAAUUCUUUAUGCGGCGAUUUGACGUUUCGGUAUCGUUCGGAUUGUUUUUUUUGCAUUUGGUUAGUUCAAAGGAGAAUGUGAGCCAGUGAACACACAGACGACAGUCGUAAUUGAAAGUUUUAUCAAUAUGGCGGCCUCAGAGCUGAACAUAGACAAAAUUGUGCAAAUUUUUCGUGAUAUUGUGAAACGCAAAACUACGUACAAUGAAACCAACCUUCAUUACGAGUAUUACAAACGAGCCGGUGAUACCAUUCCCUACAAAGCACACGGAUACGAAUCUUUACGCGAUUUGAUUCAAAAACAAGCCAACGACAUGUUUUACUUCGAAAAAGUUGGCAACGAUUUGGAAUUCAUUGCACCAAAACGUGUCGACGAUUCAACUGCGUAUUCGGAGAUGAAUAAAGGAGUGAAAAAGAUGUCAUUGGUGAAGACAAUUGAAGAGAGCGGAUGUUACAGCGGUUCGAAUAAGUCAAAACGAGUGCGCGUGUCGAACAAUAUCUAUUUUAGUCAGCCACAAUCGACCGGUGUGAAUAAUCCGUUCCAGAACAUUCGCAACGACAUCAAAAUUUCGUUUGAUUUUGGUUUGCAGAAACGUGAAGUGGAUCGAUGCUCGUCAAUUGACAGUGAAACUAUUUCGGAAGCGAAAAGUCUUGCAAAUGACAAUCAACAAUCGAAUAGUACAGGCGACAUGAAUAGCGGCACUUACUCAUCGGCACGAAACCCUUCGGAAACAAUGGAUGUUGAUACACAAGACGGUGAUUUGCCUUGGGAUCAAAAGUACUGGCAUUUGAAAGUCACACAUCCAGUGUCUAGCAAUGAAAUUUGGGUACGGCUGUUUGAUGAAUUCGAUGAUCGAAUGCGUAAAAUGACAUCAAAACUCAUUCAAACGGUGGCUUUGAAUCCAAAACGUUCACGAAUCCAAAUUGGUAAUGAAUUGUAUGUGGUCAGAGACAAGCAGAGCUGCUAUCGUACCAUUGUACUGAAGCUCGAGACGGAAAUUAAUGAGUGCAAGUGUUUUAUGGUUGACAUCGGCUGUGUCAAGUGGUGCGAUGAAGAGGAUAUUUUUGGUUGCCCACAUGAAUUUCGUGAAAUACCACCAAUGGCGAUCCGGUUCUCUCUAUAUGGACUGAUCGAAUUCAAGGAGAGUCGUGGUGCCAGUGAAAUCAUUGCAAUGGAACUGGCAAACAAGGAACUGUGGGCUAAAAUCAAGAUGAAGCCAAAAGAGUUUCGCAAGCAAGAUGGCAAACGCACACCGAUUCCUGCCAUUUUCUAUGAUUCCGUCGACCGAUACAAUCGUGUGAACAUCAGUGCUGAUAUCAUGGAAAAAAUGGUUGUCACAUUCAAACCACCGAAAUUGUCGAAGGGCCGCACCAACUACGUCGCCGUCACACACGUUUCGAAAGUGACUGGCAACAUUUACGGCCAUGUGAUCAGCAAUUCCACCGAUCUAAAGUACGUGAAUGCAAUGAUCGAAGCCCUGGUCGAGAAUGGUGUAUGUCAAUGCUACGAACAUUUCGAAUCCGAAACCGACUUACACGAACUGCUCGCCAUUAAUGCCAACAAACUUUAUUUGAUUUACUCCGAACACGAUCAAACUUGGUAUCGCGCCACGAUUUUGCAAUUGGAAACCGAUGUGAGCGCAUCGAAGGAAAAGAACAUUUGCAGCCGUUGCAGUGUGUAUUGCUUCCUGGUCGACUAUGGGAAUACACGAGUUGUCAACUUGACAAAUGUUUACGGUCUGCGUAUGGGAAUUUUGGCACAAUACCCUCAUCUAGCGAUUGCGAUGACAUUGGAAGGUGUGCACAUGACUCGUGACAAAAUCGAUCGAUUGAAAACGCUUCUGCUCCCCGGUGACAACGUGUUCGUUGACGUUUACCAAACAAUGGACUGUGGCGAUAGCAACAGAACCAAAACCAUUUCGCUGGCCAAAAUAUCAAAACUCGAGAAAAGUGCCAUCAACAACGAAACGUACGUGUGCGAAAUCAAUCGACUCAUGAAUGGAACCAAUUAAGAGCAUGGUCACAAACGAAUAAAUGUUCUGAUCUGAAUUUGAUUGCCGGAAUUUAACAUUUAGAAAAUAUCAAAUAUUGAUUCAGGAAUAAGUUUAUAUCCCAAAAAAUCUAUACGAAUGUAUUUGAAAAUUUGAAAACUGAAGACUUAAAGAAGCAAACCAAAAUGAAAUAUAAGUUAUGACUCAUUUCAGUAAUGUGACUUAAGUCGAACAGGAUUUUCAACUGGCAAUUUUCAAUAAAGACGUUGAUAUUUUCAUAA